AUGUCCAUACACCUGUUAAACAAGAAGGCCGAUAGCUUGCGUUCGACAAAUGUGCUAAUGACAAAUAUGAACGCUAGUAAAGGGAUGUAUGAAAUAAUAAAAAGUAAUUUAGGACCUAAAGGAAGUUAUAAAAUGUUAGUUAGUAGUUCAGGUGCUAUAAAGAUAACAAAAGAUGGUAAUGUUUUAUUAAAUGAGAUGAUGAUUCAACAUCCUACAGCGAGUAUGUUAAGUAGAAUAUGUUCAAGUAUUGAUGAGACUUUAGGUGAUGGUUCUAGUAGUAAUUUAAUAGUUGCUACUUCUUUAAUAUAUUUAUCUGAGAAAUAUAUUUUGUAUGAAAAUAUUCAUCCUCGUAUUAUUACUCAAGGAUUUGAUAUAGCUAAAUCUAUAUUAAUAGAAUUAUUAGAUAGUAUGAAAAUACCUGUAAAUAUUGAUGAAAAUUUUGAUAAAGAACUUUUAUAUAAUGUAUGUAAAACAUGCAUUCGAACAAAAUUACCUAUAAGCUUAGCUGAUAAAUUAGCUGAUGAUCUUGUUGAAAGUGUAAGAAUUAUUUAUAAACCUAUGAAACAAAUUGAUUUACAUAUGAUUGAAAUUAUGGAUAUCAAAAGAAAUAUGAGUAUUAAUACUAAACUUGUUAGAGGUAUGGUCUUAGAUCAUGGAUGUCGUCAUCCUAAUAUGCCAAAUAAAUUAACAAAAUGUUUUAUUUUAGUUUUAAAUGUUAGCUUAGAAUAUGAAAAAAGUGAAGUGUUCUCAUCUUUUGUUUAUUCUAAUGCAGAAGAUAGAGAUAAACUUGUUGAAUCAGAAAGGAAAUUUACAGAUGAUAAAGUAAAAAAAAUUAUCGAAUUAAAAAAAACACUUGUUGAAAAAAAAUUCAAAGAAACAAAUGAAAUAUAUAAUUUUGCUGUAUUUAAUCAAAAAGGUAUAGAUCCUAUAAGCCUAGAUCUAUUAGCUAAAGAAAAUAUUAUGGCAUUAAGACGUAUCAAAAGAAGAAAUCUAGAAAGAAUUGUUUUAUGUUGUGGUGGUAACCCAUGUAACAAUGUAUACGAUUUAACUGAAGAAGAUGUUGGAUAUGCUGGAUUAGUAUAUGAAAUUUCUAUAAAUGAUGAAAAAUAUACAUUUAUUGAAGAAGUUCAAAAUCCUAAAAGCUGUACUAUCUUUAUACAAGCACCUAAUGAUUAUACUAUUAAACAAAUUAAAGAUGCUAUAAGAGAUGGACUCAGAAGUAUUAAAAAUGUUAUCGAUGAUAAAUGUGUUCUAUCAGGAGCAGGAUCAUUUGAAAUUAUGGCAUAUUGUAAAUUAAAAGAUGAAGAAAAAAAAAUUAAAGGAAAACAAAAAUUUGCACUAGAUAUUUAUGCUAAUAGUUUGUUGAAUAUUCCAAAAGUAUUAUUAGAAAAUAGUGGAUUGGAUAUUCAUCAAACAUUAUUUAAUGUUAUUGAUAAGUAUAAUGAGGAUCGUUCAGAACCUUUGGGUUUGGACUUGGAUACAGGAGAGCCAAUCAUAGCUCACUUAAAAGGUAUCUAUGACAAUUAUUGUGUCAAAAAAGAAAUUCUUUCCAUUGCUACAGCCAUAUCUCAACAAAUUCUUUUGGUUGAUGAAAUUAUAAGAGCAGGGAAAUCAAUGGGAGAGGAGAAAUAA